AUGUAUCCCGGUUUGUUCAUAUCUAUCUAUCUAUCUAUCUAUCUAUCUAUCUAUCGCGGUUUGUUCAUAUCUAUCUAUCUAUUUGUCCAUAUGUAUCUCAGUUUGUUCAUAUCUAUCUAUCUAUCUAUCUAUCUAUCUAUCUAUCUAUCUAUCUAUCUAUCGCGGGUUGUUCGUAUCUAUCUAUCUAUCUAUCUAUCUAUUUCUAUCGCGGUUUGUUCAUAUCUAUCUAUCUAUCUAUCUAUCUAUCCGUCUGUCCAUAUAAUCCAUGUUUGUUCAUAUCUAUCUAUCUAUCUAUCUAUCUAUCUAUCUAUCUAUCUAUCUAUCUGUAUCCCAGGUCUUCUCUUUCUCUGUUGUUCUUUUUCUUUAUUCUUCCUCUUUCUCUCUGUCUUUCCUUUUGCUCUUUUUUUUUUUUCUCUUUGUCUUAUUUAUUUUUCCCUUUCUUUCUUUCUUUGUUCUUCUCUUUUUUGUAGUCUGCUUUUUUUAAUACUUUCUUUUUUUCUAUCCUUCGUCGCUUUGUCUUUCACGUGUUUUCCUUGUUCUUCUCUUUCUUUGUUCUUUUGCUUUGUUCUUUCUUUUCAUUUGUUUUUCUCUUUCUCUUUCUCUAUUCUUUCUCUCUUUUUCUUCUCUCUCUGUCCUUUACUUCAUUUUCCCUCCUUUUUUUUUCUCUUUCCUUUUUCUCUGAUCUUCUCUCUCUUUGUCGCCGUUCUUCGUCUCAAUGUUUAUCCUUUGUCUUGA